GAAGACUGAGUUACGUUCAGGAUAACAUUACGAGUAUCGAAUUUACAUUUUAACUGGUGCCCUAAAACUAAUUUGUGUACAUUUAUUUUAUUAAUGUGCAGGGAAAAUCCCCUACAUCACAAUUGAGUGUGAAGCAGCUUACAAUUAUUAUGACUGAGGAAUUAUACCAGUGCCUAUUACAGCUUUGGUGUUUUGCUAACUGAAUGAGCUAAUAUUACUGGUGUUGCUCAGGAGACUUGACCCACGAGAGCAGACGUGCCGGAUCAAGCGACACACAGCUUUCAAACAAGCCCAAGAAAUCACAAGAGAGUCAAUAAAGGAUCCCCGUCCGUUCCUCCACAAUACCAUACCACUCUCCCCAAGGACAAUUAACUUCACAUAAACCACUGUGCACAGCCAUUAUUACACGCACAGCCACAUUUACACAGAAAACACACACAGAGAAAGCCAUUACUCAUGAAUCUCCAGAUCUGAAACCUUGUCCUGUGUUUGUUCUGAGAAAGGGAAAAACUCCUGACAUAAUGAUCUACAGCACUAGGUAUUCUGAGAGGAUGGACUGCAAGGUUUGGGCCUAAUUUUAACAAGUGUCCCUGAAGACCGGCCUCUAUAAAAGCUUUGGGGGGGAAAAAAAAAACGGUGAAAGUACAAAUACAAGGAGGUUAGGAGAAAGGUCUUAAGCAGAUGCAACUGUUCUGAGAAACCGAACAGCUGAAGAAGAUUGCAAGUUUCCGAGGGCUAUGAAAGCACACGGAUAUCCUUGAGCAUCAAUAACCAGUCGUCACCACUCAAGUGGGAAUGAAUCGCUGGCAGAGGUCGGUGGUGGAAAUCCAAACCAGAAAGCGGCAUGUGAAUGAAUGCGAGCGGGCACAGGUCGCCCUGAGCAAAGUCACAGCCUGUUUCCAGCAAAUGUCCACCUCCUUGGGGAGCAACGUGGACGGGAGCUUCCUUAGAGAGGAGAUGGAGGAAACCAGGACAGUAGCUCAUAAAAUAUGCUCAGGGCUUCACCGGAGGCUGCUAUCACUGCUGAUGGAAAUAGACCAAGGACAAGAGGACAAAGAACAGGUCGAGCGACUCUGGGUCAUCUUCUUGUCCAGCUUGGAAAACUUCCAACAAGACCUAAAGAAGGUCAAAGUCUUGCAAGAGAUAUUCCCGCUUACCCAGCGCAAGGAUCGACAGGCCCUGGUCAACACAGGUUUAGCAGGUGGAACUUCAGAAGUAGCAGCUCGGGCAGCCAUGGUACAAACACCCUGGCUCUCGGUAGAGGUGACCGUAAGCCCUGACCUGAAAACUCACAUAGAGGAGAUUGAUGUCCUGCUUGAAGAAAUGCUCCAGAGAGUAAACGUGCCACUGUGGUCAGUUGAACCCACUCAAGAAGCUUGGGUUGAAGGCAGCUCUACUCCAGGUGUUGGGCAAGAAGAGGAUGAAAGCUUAGAGGAGAUGAUGGAAGUGGAGGUGGUGUCUCAAAAUAAAACAUCAGGCUGUUGCCAUCAUCACAACUGCAAAAUAGGCUGUCUGCUGUGUCUGCUCAGCUAGCGUCAACUUAUUAUUUUUGACAUACGAGCAGGCAUUGGAAUCUUUUUGGCUUAAGACUUCCAGUCUCAUUCGCUUGCAUUGAUAUUUUGAUGUUUAAAACAGCUUGUUAUGCUGCUUGAUGGUGCAAACUAAUGUUUUCGUAUUAUAUUAUUCUACUUUUUAGUAUUAGUCAUGAACACACUUGAUUGUAGAGCAUUUCAUUGUUUUCUGCCAUUUAUUAUGUCUAGUCAUUUCUCUCAUAGGGGACUGAAUCGGAAGUUCUAAAACGAUUGAAAAAAACGUGCACACUUCCGCAUUGCAGAUUAAAAGUCAAUGGUCAGUGUAUCUUUGGGUCACUGGAUUUUCAUUUUAAUAACAUAUUAGAAAAACGAAAAAGGUCAGUGUAUAUUUUGGUCAUUGGAUUUUCAUUUUAGAAAUUGAUAUUGAAAAACAAAAAACGAGCCGUUUUUUUGGAUUUUUGUUUUAGAAUAAAAAAAUUUUUUAAAUUCAAUUCGUUUUUUGAUUUUGUAAACGAAAUUCAAAAAGCGGCUCAUUUUUCUUGUUCAUGGUUAAAAACAGAAAACCAAAAUUCAUAAAUGACUUGAUUUUCAUUUUUUAUUUUGAAUAACCAAAAAUAAAAAUCACCAGAAAACAAA